UUUUCCCCUUUCCUUUCCUUCCAGCAAGGAUCCAGUCAUGGCGCGCAGCCCAAUGAUCCCUCUGCAGUUGCCCAAGAAGCUCUACUUUUCCAUCACUCCAGAAGUCAAACGUGACCUUGAACGUGCAAAGCAGAACCUGGAUGUCCUCAUCAGCGACCUGGACAUCCGCUGUUUCACGUACGAUGGCUUUGGCAAGGAGUUUCUCAAAAGCCAGAGGUUGAGCCCUGACUCUGUCGUGCAGGUGGUGCUGCAGUUGGCGCAUUACAGAGCACAUGGGAAGUUGUGUCCCACCGCAGAGUCAGCCUCGCUUCGUCGCUUCCGUCAGGGCCGGACAGAAAUCAUCCGCUCUGCUACCUCGGCUGUGCUGGCCUUUGCCCAGGGAAUGGCUGAUGACAAGUGCCAGGCCCCUGAAAGAUUAUCUCUCCUGAAGGAAGCAGUUGAAUUCCAUAGCAACCUCACGGAUCAGGUAAAUAUCUCCCUGUCGCCCUGUUGGUAGGAGUAUUUUCUUUAAUACUGCCUAGAAGUUGGCAACAUUUUUCUUGGCAACAUUUUCAGAAGUGGU